CCAACCCCUCCCUCGUCAACCUCAUCGAAUGGUGCAUCACCGGACAAUCAAGCAUUUCGCGUGGUACGCAAGCGCAACCGCAUACCGCUCUCUUGCGCGCCAUGCAGACACCGCAAGCUAAAGUGCAACCGCGGACACCCAUGCGACAACUGUACCAAGCGCGGCGACACGGGCGCAUGUAAUUAUGCGACACCCGGCGCUCGCAAGAGGAGUGGCGCAAAUGGAGCGAAUGCGUCGCCGGACGACAUGCAGAAUCGCAUCGACCGACUGGAGGGUCUGGUGCUGUCGCUGAUGACCAAUGGUGGCGCGCAGCCAGGAGCGGCAGCUGCGGCCCAGGCAGCCAUCACUUCUAGUAGGAGCAACAGCUUCAGCACGGGCUCGGACCACCGACUGGAUGCGGAAGGCGCGGACAUGAUACGAGAGGAGCCGGAUGGCGUGCACGGCGAGGACGACAGCGAGGUCGAUCAGGUCUCCAAGACCAUUGGCAUCAUGAAGAUAGACAAUGGCCGGGCUGUCUUCGCCUCGGAUGAGCACUGGUAUGCCAUCUUGGGCGAGAUCAGCGAAGUGAAGCAGUACUUCAAGGACCACAAAGACGACUAUAAGCAGCAUAUGGAGAAGGUGCAAGCAGCCAAAGCGCACGAAAGCCCUGGAACAGCCUUCUUGUUGCAAGGCCCGCCCGCGAAGAACAAAGGGGAGCUUCUGGCAGCGUUUCCAUCGAAAGCGGAUGCCGACCGUCUCAUUGCGCGCUAUUUCAACGCCUACGAUCCUUCUGUGCACAUUAUACAUGGUCCGUCCUUCCAGAAACAAUACGACAGGCACUGGCAGGCUCCGCAUGAGACACCCGUGGUGUGGAUGGGCUUGUGUUUCGCUAUGAUGACACUCGCGCUGCAGUCGUAUCAUCGAGCCGGUGACGAGCCUCCACAGUACAUGGGCAAAGCGAUGGAGAUGUCGCACAACUAUAGGAAGCUUACCGCGCAAUGUCUGCUACUUGCAGAUAUCACGCAGCCCAUCGCGCAAGUCCUGGAGACGCUCGUAUUACACUUACAAGCCGAAUAUGGUAGGAGUCGAGACGCAGAGCCAGGCGUGCUGCUCAUGGUGAGCUUAUGCGUGCGCCUGGCAAUGAGGAUGGGCUACCAUCGUGAUCCAGGCCCACACGCAAUGAUUACUCCAUUCCACGGCGAGAUCAGAAGGCGCGUGUGGAACUUUGUCCGCUCAUCUGACAUUCACAUCUCUUUUCAGUUCGGCUUACCGGCAAUGGUACGACCUGACCAUUGCGAUACGCAGAUGCCACGUAACUUGUACGAUGACGAGCUUUACGAAGACAUGGCCAGCUUACCACCCUCAAGACCGACCUUCGAGGCGACCCCGAUGAGCUACGGGAUUGCCAAGGGUACGAUGACCCGGCUCUUUGGACGGGUAGUAGACCGCUGUCAGUCGAUCACUGAGCCACCCUCAUAUGAUGAGGUGAUGAAGUUCGACCAGGAGUUGCGGGAAGCACGAUCUACGCACCCGCCUCUGUUGCAGAUGCGUAGCUUUCACGAGUCAGCGCGUGACCCAGCGAACCUGAUCAUGCAGCGCAUUGGGCUAGAAAUGGUGUACUUAAGAAGUCUUUUUGUGUUGCAUAGGCGUUUCAUCUCGAGAGGCAGAGAGAACACGCGGUAUGCUUACUCCAGACGGACUUGCAUCGAUGCAUCGAUGCAGCUGCUGGAUCUGCAAGCGACGCUCCACCGUGAGUCCCAACCGGGUGGUAGACUGAGAAGUGUGAAGUGGUACAUCUCCUCGCUAACAACACACGACUUCCUCCUGGCCGCGAUGCUCGUUUGUCUCGACCUGUACCAUACGCUGUUGGCUGAACGCAAGGGUCGCAGAGUGCCUUUACAACCGACGUCCCCGCUUUCUACCGAUCUGUACGCGGAAGACAGGCGAGAAGAAAUGCUGAAAGCUGUCGAACACUGCAUCAUCAUAUGGGAGUACCUCCGCGAGGACAGUAUGGAAGCGUACAAAGCUUCAUUGACCUUGCGGGUCAUGGUAGACAAGCUGAAGGAACAUCAGCGCAUGAUGGAACAGCAGCAGCAAUCACCUCCGCAGCAGCAAUCGCAAAGCGGGUCAUCCACAGUCCCGAUGAUGCAGCCAGGUCUUCACCGGGCGCCUAACUACGGUAUCUUCCCGAACGGCCGUGUGGGCGGAAUCAACGCGGAUGACCUUCCGCCGGAACAGUCUGCGGCUAUGACGCUAGGGAUGCUGUCGAGUGGCGGUAUGUCGCCGAAUGCGGCUUUCUCGCAAGGGGUUGGAGGAGGCAGCCAUGCAGAAAAGCAGACUGGCUAUCCAGCAAGCAUGGCAGCGCUGCUCAACGAGCCGAUGCCACUGCGCACCGGACUGACGCCGCAAUACUCUGGUUCCGAGAGUACGACUGGGGGCGGCAUGGCAGCAGGUCCUGCAAGUCCAUUCAGUCAGAUGCUCGCGGGCAGUGGCGCCAACGGAUUUAUGGGGAUGGAUGGUCUAGGCGGGGAUAUUGAUUGGGGUGCAUGGGAUCAGUACAUUCAAGGC